AGUGACAAGUGACAGAAACAUCAAAUCUUCUAUGUUUUGUCACAAUUUACCAAUUUUCCUGUUUAUUUAUAAGAUUUUCCAAAAGUUUAAUAGAAACAACAUAACAUUGUGAGAUUGAAAUCAUGACGACGACAGUCAAGACGGCUGUCUCGCAAAUAUUGCGCAACAAAGACGAAGUAGGAGAUGAGGAAGACGAACCAAAGAAGAAAUCCAGAGAAGAUUGGAGAAAAGCUAAGGAGCUAGAAGAAGCUCGAAAAGCGGGCACAGCGCCUGCCGCCGUCGAUGAGACGGGCAAGGAUAUAAACCCGCACAUACCGCAGUACAUAGCAACAGCUCCAUGGUACUAUGGGACAGCAGGACCCACACUAAAGCAUCAGCGGCCACAGGAGGACAGAGAGGCACAGUUCACCAAACUUGACAAGUACUACAAUAAGGGUGUUGAUGCUACAAAAGUAGCAACAAAAUACAGAAAAGGUGCAUGUGAAAAUUGUGGAGCUCUUACACACAAGAAAAAAGAUUGUUUAGAAAGACCAAGAAAGAUAGGUGCAAAAUUCACAAAUGCUGGUAUAGCAGCAGAUGAAUUCAGUCAACCACACUUGAAUCUAAGUUACGAUGGGAAGAGGGAUCGUUGGAAUGGCUAUGAUCCAGCGCAACACAAAGCUAUCAUUGAAGAGUAUCAAAAGGUUGAGGACGCUAAGAGGGAGUUGAGAGCACAAAAAUUGGAGCAAGAUCCCACAGCCACAGAGGAUGACGACAAAGAAGAAGAAGAUGAAGAUAAAUAUGUGGAUGAAGUGGACAUGCCUGGUACAAAGGUUGAUUCUAAACAACGUAUCACAGUGCGUAACUUGCGUAUCAGAGAGGAUACGGCGAAGUAUCUUCGGAACUUGGACCCCAACUCCGCGUACUAUGACCCCAAGACUCGUUCCAUGAGGGACAAUCCCAACCCUAAUGCUACAGAAUCAGAGUACGCGGGUGAGAACUUCGUUCGCUGGACAGGAGAGAGUCGGUCUCACGCGUCGGCGCAGGCAUUCGCGUGGGACGCGCAGCGGCGCGGUCUCGACGUACAUCUGCUGGCGGAGCCGACCAAGCUGCAGAUGCUCCAGAAACACUACCAACGCGAUACGGAACAUUAUAAGACUCAGAUGAAGCAAUCGGUACUCGAGAAAUAUGGUGGUGAAGAGCACCUGAAAGUUCCUCCAAAAGAGUUAUUGCUGGCACAAACUGAAGUGUUCACUCGAUAUAACAGGGACGGGACUCUUGUGCAAGGACCAGAGAAGCAACUUGCUAAGAGUAAAUAUGAAGAGGAUGUGUUAAUAAACAACCACACGUCCGUGUGGGGCUCGUAUUGGCGAGAUGGGCAAUGGGGUUACAAAUGUUGCCAUUCCUUCAUAAAGAUGUCGUAUUGUGUGGGAGAGGCAGGUAAAUCAGUUGUGCUAGAAGUACCUGAAGAAAAACCUUCCACCAGCACUGUCGCAGAAACCACUGAGAAGGCAAGGAAGGAAAAAGACUCAUCGUCAUCAUCAUCAUCAUCAUCCAGCUCUGAUAGCAGUUCAUCAGACUCCGAGCAGGAGAUUAGGUCUAAAACAGAGAAAACUAGCAAGAAAAAGAAAAACAAAAAGAAGGCCAAAAAGAAGAAGAAGAAGGAUCAGAAAGAAAAGAAGAAGGAAGAAGAUAAAUUAAAAACGGCUUUGGAAAUGGAAGAACGGCAGCAAAAGCGAGCUGAUUAUCUGCUGUCCAUUGACGAAAGGAAGCGAUCAUAUAACAGCAUGGUGGAAGUGAAGGCGCCCACGGAGGAAGAAAUGGAGGCUUACAGGAUGAAGAAACGCCGCGAGGAAGACCCUAUGAGUCAAUUUCUGUAAAAAUAUAUAAAUAAUAAAAUCAAUAAAACAUAUUUUAAGUUGGA